AGAUUAUGAAUACCGGUCCCUGUAUCUCUUUACUGGGAAGCACUACGCAGUAUUCUAUAGUUCGGUGGUUUGGAGUGUCUAAGAUUUAUUUAUGUGUGUACAGUUUUAUACAUUGGAAAGAAAUCAAAUUUAUGGAAACUGUCAUGGAUUCUACUAGGCAUUAUAAAAAUCAUUUUGAGGAUUAUUCCAUUUCUGUCAGUCAUAAUAUAAUCGAGAAUAAUGCUAUGAUUCAUAAUAAAUUUAAAUCAAUAUUGACAUCAGAAACAAAAAAAUUAAUGAAAAUAUUAAAAGAAAAUGAAAAGAAAUGGUAUACUGAUGAUUAUUCUAUAUACACUGGUUUAGCAGGAAUCGCAUUCACAUUAUAUCAUUAUGGGAAAUAUUACAAUGAUUCUGCAUAUCUGAAAACAGCAACAGAUAUGUUAAAAAAAUGUGCUACAGAAUUCAAAAGCAAGCAUAAAAUAACUUUUUUGACUGGAGUCACAGGUCCACUAGCAUUGACAGCUGUAAUAUUAUAUUCACAAGGAAUGAAAGAAGAAAUGGAACAAUUAAUUUUUAAAUUAAAAUCUUUAUCUACUUAUGUUUUGGAUAAACAUAAUGAUGUUCCUGAUGAAUUACUGUAUGGAAGAGCUGGAUAUUUAGCUGGUUUACUUUAUGUAAAUGCAAAUAUAUCUCCAGCUCCCAUAGAAGCAGAUCUCAUAAAAAAAGUUAUUUCUUAUAUAAUAAAAAGCGGUAUAUCAUAUUCUUCAUCAAAUCGUUGUGAAUCACCUCUAAUGUAUUCUUGGCAUGAUAAAGAAUAUGUUGGUGGUGCUCAUGGAUUAGCUGGCAUAUUAUAUUUGUUAUUGCAGGCACGACAUUAUUUAACACAAGUACAAAUUGACAAUUAUGUGAAACCAUCGUUAUAUUAUCUUCAAAGAUUACAAUUUUCUUCUGGAAAUUUCCCUUCUUCAAUAGGAAAUCCUUCUGAUAAAUUAGUACAAUGGUGUCAUGGAGCGCCUGGAAUAUCUAUAUUGUUUUGUUUAGCUUAUAAGAUAUUUGAGGAUAGCACAUUUCUAGAUACCGUAAUACGAUGUGGAGAGGUAACAUGGGAAAGAGGGUUACUAAAAAAAGGAUAUAGCAUUUGUCAUGGUGUUGCUGGAAACGGUUAUACUUUCAUAUAUUUAUUUCAACAAACAAAGGAUAUUAAAUAUUUAUAUCGAGCUUGCAUGUUUGCUGAAUGGUGUUUUCAUUACGGCUCACAUCAAAAUCGAUCUCCUGAUAGACCUUUUUCUUUGUUUGAAGGUCUUGCUGGUGUUAUAUACUUUUUGUUAGAUGUACAACAACCACAUUUGGCUAAAUUUCCGGCAUAUAAUAUUUAAAUUGGACAAUAAAUUUUUCCAAAAAGACAAUUAAUAUUUCACAUAUUUUUUUAUAUAACAGCCAUCUCAUUUUUACGUUAAAUAUCUAAGUUCUUAUUGAUAUUUUCCACAUUGAAUUUUACAAUCAAAGUUAUUGUAUUUAUGUAUUUUUAAAAUCAGAAUUGAGCAUUUUUUUCUAUUCUUAAUUAUGUCUCUGAUCUAUACUCGCUCUAAAGGGAUAAAGCAUAUAUAUAUAGAGUAUUGGUAGACUGGAUAAUUAAUUCCUCCGAGUUGAAUUUUUGUGCACUAUUGAUUUCGAUGAAUACAUUUCAUACAAGGUGUUUCUUGGAAUACAUGUAAAUUUUUUGUUAUUACACAAGAUAAUAUAUAUAAAAUAUAUUAUUAAAUGUUAUAUAUAAAAAUACUGGGUGGACCGUUGGGUUAUCUUUGUCAGAAAUUCACUGAGAUUAAUUGAUAUUAUAUUAUACCUUAAAUAAAGUUAAUAUUAUUACAA